AUGCAGUCCUUGGAGUCCAAACGGAUGCUACAUGACCUCCUUCAAGAUCCAUCUCGUUACGAGCUGUGGUUCCAGCGUUACGCUAGUGGACUGAUCUUCCGACUUGCGUAUGGCAAGACCAUUCGAACAGGAGAGGAAAGCCACGUGCAAAGGAUUAUUGAUGUUAACCAUAAUCUUGAGCGCAUAGCCUCCCCGGGUAUCUUUCUUGUGGACUCCUGGCCUAUUCUGAGAUAUCUGCCAGAGUGGCUUGCACCAUUCAAGAAAGAAGGGCGACGGCUACAUGAAGCCGAAUUUGGGCUUUUCCGCGCGCUUCUAAAAGAUGUCGAGGCCGAGGUUAAUGCUGGUACAGCUAGUCCGUCGUUUGUUUCCACCUGGCUGGAGAACAAAGAAUCAUUUCCAAUGGCGGAGGAUGAAGCAUCGUACGUCUUUGGGACCCUUUUUGAGGCCGGGACAGGCACUACAGCUGCUGCCAUGAUGUCCUUUGUACUUGCUGUAGUUCUCUUUCCCCAGUGGCAGCAAGCAAUGUGGGAUGAGCUUGAUGAGGUUGUGGGUGACCGGAUGCCUGAAUUCGAGGAUGUACCCAGACUCCCAACGUGUCGGGCAGUUAUCAAGGAAGUCCUCCGGUGGAGGCCUGUUACUAGUGGAGGUGUGCCACAUCAACUAACAGAUGACGAUGUCUAUAACGGAUACUUCUUUCCGAAGGGGACCACGGUCCACGCAAAUCAAUGGGCCAUUCACCGAGACCCCGACCUGUACCCGGACGGCGACACAUUCAACCCGGACCGGUGGCUUAAUCCCAAGUACAUUACGUUCCGAGAACCACUAAGCAAAUAUCCAUCGCUGCAAAAUUUCUCCAGCUUCGACUUUGGUCGACGAAUUUGCCCAGGAAUGAACAUUGCCGAGAGGUCGCUGUAUAUCCUCUCAGCGCGUAUCAUGUGGGCCUGCCGAAUUACCAAAGCAAAGACUGCUGAUGGUGUGGAUAUCACACCGCCGUCGUAUGAUUAUACCACUGGGUUCAACGCACAGCCGAAGCCGUUCCUGUUUCACCUUGAGGCGCGCUCGGAGCAAAGACACCUGGCAGUUGAAGAGGCGUGGCGAGAAGCCGAAAAAGAGGACCCGCUGGCUUGGACGGCGGAUUAUAGAUUAGGACAUUCCCUUGAGGGAGAGGUCAAAUCUUGA